AUGAAUACGAAAAGAUCAAGAAGCCUGGUGUACUGGUCAGCCAUGUUGGUUCUGACAUCACUGCACACUGCCGGGGCUGGUACCUUUGGGAACGAGGACUGGGACAACAACCACUUUCAGAUCAAAACAGUGAAGCCUCUAGCUGAGAUAGGACUGAGUACUCUGGAGGGGCAUCAUGGGAUACCUGUACCAAUCGACAGUUUGUUCACACAAAUCUCCUCCACUAACACAGAUGACCAGAGCCAGCCCGCACGUCAUGACUGUGUGAAGGGCAGUGAGUUGUCAGAACUGGACAUGUGCCUCACCCCCUCACAGGCCACCAUGUUUGAUUCCGUCAGAUAUAGAGGGCAAAGAAAGAGAAGACAGGCAUCAGCUAAUGGUUUUUCCUUGUGGAAGAAUGGCAUAAUCCCAUACGUCUUCAACUUUACAUUUCCUCCACAAGACAGAGACGCCAUUUUGUCUGCGAUGGCCGAAUGGGAGAAAGCUACCUGCAUCCGGUUCCGUCUGGCCAGUGCAGACGACACCGAUGUCGUCGUGUUCAGGGAUGGACGAAGAUGCUCGACCAACAUCGGACGUAUUGGUGGUCAACAGGCCGUGACCCUGGCUAAAACCUGCAGAUCUAAACGGAUUUUGAUCCAUGAACUGGGUCACGUGUUGGGGCUAAUCCACGAGCACCAAAGGCACGACCGGGACAAAUAUGUCCGGGUUUUGUUGGAGAAUGUCCGGAAUAUGUCUCAGGAGAGGUACCAAUUCUCUAAACUACUGACAGGCUCCAUCACAGACAAGACAGUGAAAUACGAUUACACAUCCGUCAUGCACUAUGGAAGAAAUUAUUUCGCCAGGUCACCUGAUCUGACCACUCUACAGACAACUGACCGCCGCUACCAGGAUAUCAUUGGACGUGCCGAGAAGCCUUCGUACAAUGACGUGGAGACGGUCAACAGACUCUACCACUGUGCAGCGGGGUGUCACCAGUCUAUACAGUGUGGAGAUCUUUGUUACCUGGACAAUACCUGUACCUGUAAAUGUCCUGCAGUCAUCGAGAAAGCUUCACCAAACGACCCUGUCCCGUCCCACAACAGCCUGCAAGAUUCCACCUGCGAUUUUUUCGCCAGCCGAGGCGAGUGUACAGGCAACAUCAAGGACACGGUUCGCCCAUUGUGCGCCAAAUCCUGUGGGUUACAACAAGCCAAACUCAACAACCUCGCCUGGCCGGCGAACCCCCUCACCACCAACCAGCUCCAACCUAAACCAGCAACCUCUGUCUGGGGAACAACCCCUGAGGUACACAACAACCUACCAACAUCUAAUUCCAACAGCGACAUCAACAUCGUUAAUGAUAUCCAACUUCUUAUCAACGGAGAAACGCAAUCCCUAGUUCGACCAAGAUCCGGGUAUCAUACUACGCAGGAAUUGCAGGAACAAACUCAAAGACUGGAGUUAGAGAUCUCCCAACAGGCGCAAGACCGUCGCGCGGGGGUGAGGCAGUUUCCAGACAGCACCGCGAGUCAGAACAUGAGAACUAAUACAGGCGGGGGUAGUCUCUUGCAUUCUUUGAUAGCUGGAGGAGUGCCCAGACCGGGGGAUGAACGAAACACCAGAGGUCAGAUAUACAGGCAAGCCAAUGAGCAUCUGCCCACCUCCGAGACAACCAAACAUCACGUUCCCACCACCAUCCUGGAUGAAACUCUGCCUCCGGAUUCGCAAAACGCGAACACUCCUUUUAACCCCAUCACGAGUUAUCAGUUUAACUCCAGCCCUUUGCAAAGACAACAGUUAUCAAUACAACAACAGCAUUCACAGCUGCUACAUGAACAGCAGAACCAAAGAGAUAUUUACGGUAAAAGCAGAGCAGGAUUUCAGCUGUCUAGAACUAACCAGCACUACCCGAAUGGGUUUGGAACCUACGAGCAAACUAGAUACAACCAACAAAACGAAAAUAUUCACCAGUCAUUCAGGGGAAAUAACUUCUUCAACGGGAAUUAUUUUCCUUCGAAUCGUAAUCAAAACCAAAGGAACCCGCCAUCCGAGAACAUACCUCCAACUGACGUCACAGGUCCAGAAUUUGGUCCAUUUAACCCCGCGUCUCCCACCCCGGGUGAUACUAACUUUAACAACGGACCAGAUUUGAGCAGAACCUUGCAGACGAUUGGUCCAUCGUUUAUGAAAUCGGGUCCUCAACAUUCUUAUCUCGGCGAGUCGCGUCCAUCCCAGGCUCACCAAUCCGAUACGUUCAACAAAAACUACAACGAGCCUCUGCCAACAGCGGAACAAAACGUGUAUUAUAGCGGCGUCCCGCAGCAGACGUUCGAACCCACUUUCUCAGACGGCAGCUUACGACCGCCUGGGUUAGACCCAACCACCAUGCACGCUCCACAUCCUCCCAACAAUCCGGGCUACAGCAACACCGAACCGUUCAUCGAGUCUUCGAGCUACGCCAACCAACCCGGGAUCCCUGUUGACCAGACAACCCUUCUUAACAACCAGCCUAAUCAGCAACAACCUGGAAUAUUCAACAACCGCAUCGCCGCACAAAACAUCUACAACAACAACAACGGAAACAUGCACUCGCAGCCGCUGCCGAAUUGGCAGCAACGUCAGCAACGGUUGCAAGAUCAACGAAACCAACAACUUUUUCAAAUGUUGCAACUGGCGUUCACGGACCCAACAGCCGAUGUUGUAAAUAUACAACCAAACGACAACAACGUGCCAAAUUAUUCUUUAAAUACAACACGCAGUUACCCCAAUACAAAACAACAAGGAAGUAUAACGUCGCUUUUUGACAUACUGCGUUCUUCAUUAGCUGAUUCAUCGCAAACAAGCUCGAAUCAAAAUCACGUUGUUGAUAACCACGCGCGCGCCCACAACGGUGCUUUUGAGUCACAACCAUCCUCGAUAUUGGAUAAUAACAAUCGAUUGCUAUCCAGCGACAUAAAUUUGAUUGGCAAACAAUCGACUUCCGCCGUCCCUGUUCUAAAUUUAGAACAUUUCUACCUUGAUAAACCAAACAAUAGUUUCUCAGACCUAAUAUUUUAUUUACUGUCUGAGUCUCACCAAGCAGGCCAAAAAGAAAAUGGCGCCUCGUACUUGCCUAAUUUGACGAAAGAAAUUAUGAGUAUACCAAUAUCACACGAGAACUUUACAAGUGAGCAACAAAGUUUAACUUUAACAAAAGAAAAUAAAAUAGUAUCGAAUUCUCAAGCGACUAUUUUAACAUUGCCAGAUAUUUUGGCAGUUUCCAGUGCAAAUAAUCAAGGAAGCCACCCUCCAAAGGCUUAACAAAAAAAAAACAA